CUGGUGGUGUUGAACAGCGAGGGCCAUGAUUAUCAGCUGGAAGUUCCCACAGGAACAACAGUGGAGAGGAUAAAAACCAUGGCCAUUGGACACUUCUUCAAUCCCUUAGAACUGGAAGGAAUCAGUGUAACAGAUGACAAAGGGGAUACUUCUAAAACGGGUAACAAAAGCAGGACCUACCGCUUGGUGCUGGUGAGGGAAGGUCGACCACUGUUGGAUGUUAACUCUCUCCAGCUUGAACAGCUUAUAGAUAAUGAUGAGUUGCUCUUGGUUGAUGGCCGUGAAGCUCCACCUAUCAGGGAGCCAGCACCAGAAGAGAUGACUAUCCCUACAAUGAGAGAGAUUGCUGAAGCCACAGUAAACCUCGCAAAACGCAACCACAACCGCGACCCAGAUCCAAUGAAUCAUUCGACUGAUAAAUGUUAUGGAGGCAAUGGAAUGGCUUCUAGAACAGGGCAACAGAAGCAGUAGUGCACCUGGCAGUGAUGAAGUUGAUGCUGGAAGCAACAGGAUGGCCACAGAACAAACAGCAGCACAUGCCGCAGUUUCUUCAGCUUCCAAGGAUAUGUCUGAGGACCCAGCGAAUAGGAUAUUGAACACCUUCUUGCAAUACCAUCGUAAAUGGUUCCAGCCCAACAUGCAGGUCAUGGAAAAGUUAAUGAACAUGGGUUUCAGUGAAGAGCAGGUCACUGAAGCUCUUCGUUGCAGUGGAAAUAAACAGAGUAGUGCUUGUGAAUUGCUUUUAAGCAACCGUUCAACAAUGCCAGAUGACCAAGGAUUAGAACGAGAUUCCCCAAUUAUCUCAGCCAUUCUUGCGUCUCCUGUUAUACAACUGGCAUUACCAAAGCCAAAAACACUUUUAGCUCUGAUGAUGUUGUUUGAAAGCCCUAAUAAUGCGAAUAUGUGGUUAAGUGACCCAGACACACACCCAGUUGUUAGCCAAGUACUGAGGAUUUACCAUGCAGAAAAGCAUUGUCUAAGUCACAAUCGUCCUCUAGCUUCAUCAGGACCAGUUGAUCCACCAGUUGUUUCACACACUUUAGGGAUAAUAAGAGUUGGCACUUCUGUGAAUCCACCUCCACUCCAGCAGUCACAGUUUGCCAGUGUAACAUACACUCAGCCAUUUCCCCUUGGCAUAAGAAGUGCUAGUAGCAAUGGCAUGACAGGCAUGAGAAGCACUAGCAGUAGUGGGAUGGCAGUUGACCAACCGUCGCAUUCAGUCACCAUGUCACCUGUAGCUAUGCGAAGAUCAUCAGCAGGACCAUUACCUUCUAAUCUGCACAUGAUUGCCUCUUCAAGUCCUCCAAACAUUCAUAACUUACCAGCUGUUCGACUAAACCCAGAAGAAUCGAUGUCUCUCUCAGGGUCGCCAGUCCGGGCACGAGGUGGAGCUCGCAGCCUUUCUGACCUGACAGGGAGUCAGCCAACUCCAGAAAGACAGUCUUAUGAAGCCAGUGCAAGACAUACACAAAAUUGUGACAGUCCAAUUACAUCUAUAGGUAGUAAUGAUGUAGAAAUGGAAGAUAAGACUGAUUCUCAUGCAAUGGAAACAUAGUGAACAUCAAAAUUCAGUGUGUAUCUUUCGUUUAUCUUUUUUAACCCUUUGAAUGUGGAUGGCAAAAAUUCAUGCCAUGUCCAUUGUAAUUUUAGUUUAUUAAUUGUGUUUACACAGAAUGGCUUCAUGAGUGGUUAGUCACCACGGAGUCAGCUAUUAGUCCUACCUAUCUCACUUGUUUACCCUCUUUCUUGAGUUUUGGAAAGAUCCAUUUUUACAUUAACUAUUUUUGCCAUUAGUAUUUUAAUCACAUUACAUUACUCAUAAUGGCAAUUAUUAUAAUAACCAUGUCAAUAUUAAUAGCAUCAAAAUUUUAAAAACAAGCAAAAAAUUUCCCACAAAUUCUAAAAAUGGAGAAAUCCACAUGGUCACAAGGGCCUCGUAAGUGACACCAUGGUGGCUGAGUACUUGUGGAACCAUCUGUGUGCAACAAAAUUCACAAAAACUACAGUGGACAGUACAUAAACCCAUAGCAAAUGGGUUAAUGGAACAGGUCAUCUUUUAUUGAACCAAGAUACAUUGUAUCUAUUUAUUGUUAAAAGUUUAAAAGACAAUACCUACAAUGGAUCACACCUAUGUUCUUUGUGUAAAUUCUCAUGGAACAGAAGCAAAAUCCCUUCACAUGAAUCAUCA